CCUCAGCUCGUCCUUAUUUCUUUCAUCUCACAUCAACGAUGCCGCCCCGUCCAUCAUCAUCAAUAUGUAGCCGUUGCUCCCACCGCCUUCAAUGGCAACGCUACUCAUCCAGCACCGUUCAGCGGCAGUCUGUUCCGCCUGAGUCCCCAAACUUCAUUCACGUUCCAGAGCCUGUUCAAGCACCAUCAUAUGAAAAGCGUCGCCCCGUCAAGGGUACCCUCCCGGUCCCCCGCAAUGCAUUCUCCAAGCAUAGAGAGUAUCGUGCCAGUGAAGCCUUCAAGGCAAAGGCAACACCUGAACCGAUGCCACGACCAGAACCUCACGGACCUGAGGCAGAGCGUAUUAAAUAUGAUCGACAACUGGCCUUUAUUCGUCGGCAAAACAUGCGCGAAGGUCUCAGCGAGAUCUGGGCGCGUCGAGAAAAGACCCGUGAUGCUCUCGCCAAAUCCAGUGGAUUGAAGCGUCUACGAAAUGCUCGCGCUGCCGCUGCCCCAGCAGCACUUGAUGAAGUGCUCACAAACCCCAGCAUCCAUCCAUCGACGCGUCUUCUACUCGCAACAGGCAAUGUACCGGGGCCCGCUCAACAGCGGAGCUCCUCGAAAUUCAAAUUACUUGAGCUGCGAAAAUCCGCCGCACGUCACGAGGCACUUCACAAUCUCUACGUCAACGCACAACAUUUUAUCGUAAACGAGAAGCAGCUCAACGAGGAGAUAGACAGGGUAUUCGGAAGCGAUGAGGUGCCUAUCAGAUGGGAGGGCAAACACAAUGGCAUAUGGGGCUUGAAGGAUAAGCCUCGAACGGCAGCUGAGAUGCUUAGCAUUGAGAACAAGGGUCUUGCUGCGGUAGCUGAUGUUGGCGCCCAGGAAAGAAUGAAGAAGAUUGCUGAGGUCCUCACCGGAGGCAAGAUGAGCAGUAUCGGAGGACCUCAGACUCCAAAAGCGUGAUGGUGAUGAUUUGCAGCGCAUUGGUCAAGAUUUACGAUUUUCCCUUUGUGUUGAUAAAGAUGUAUAAAAUACAAUAAUUUUCAACCAUGUAAGCGUACUUCUAUGUACCGAACAAAAGCGAAGGAAUCACGCAGUCUCCUAUAACUCGGUAGUGUCGCAGCCAUUCGUCCG